ACCCGGCUGACGACGCAGCCUACCUACUCGAGAAAGUGGUGGCGGGUUCGGCUAGGAGUGGCCCUGUUAGGGAGAACCGCCGCGGCUCACUUUUGGCCCUUCUCAUAAGGAUGAAAAUGCUUCUAUUUGAUGUUUGGGCCCUGAUGGUCAUGAUUCCUUGCCCAGGGGCCACAGAAGAGUUGUUUGAGGUUUCUGUUCAGCCAAAUCAGGCCCUGGUGGAGUAUGGACAGUCCCUCGUGGUCAACUGCAGCACCACCUGUCCAGAGCCAGGACCCAGUGGACUUGAGACCUUCUUAAAGAAAACUCAAGUAGGCAAAGGGCCUCAGUGGAAAGAGUUUCUCCUGGAAAACAUCACAAAGAAUUCCUUCCUGCAGUGCUUCUUCUCUUGUGCAGGGAUCCAGAAGGAUAUAAGUCUUGGCAUCACUGUGUAUGAGCCACCAAAGCUGGUGAUCCUGGAGCUGCAGCCUGCAUGGGUGGCGGUGGAUGAAACCUUUACAGUGACAUGCCAAGUCCCCAGUGUAGCACCCUUGGAGAACCUCACCCUUACACUUCUCCAGGGUAACCAAGAACUGUAUAAAAAGAACUUUGUGAGCUUGGCUGUGGACUCCCAAGGAGCUGAGGUCACCAUCAACGUCAGAGCCCAAAGAGAGAAUGACAGGUGUAAUUUCUCCUGCCAUGCAGAACUGGACUUAAGUUUACAAGGUGGAAGGCUCUUUGAAGGCAGUUCACUCAUCAAGGUACUUCGGAUCUUUGAAUUCUCUCAGAGCCCCCGGAUCUGGGUCUCUUCACUUAUGGAGGUUGGGAUGGCAGAGGCUGUGAGCUGUGAGGUGGCUAGGGUGUUUCCUGCCAAAGAAGUUACAUUCCACAUGUUUCUGGGAGAUCAGGAGCUGAGCCUCUUCCCCUUCUGGGAGGGGGACACAGUAUGGGCCAAUGCCACUGUUCGGGCAAUGGAGACUGGUGACCAGGAGCUGUCCUGCCUCGUAUCUCUGGGUCCAGUGGAACAGAAAACAAGAAAGCCUGUACAUGUUUACAGUUUCCCACCACCAAUCCUGGAACUAGAAGAGUCAUACCCCUUGGCAGGGACGGACAUUAAUGUGACCUGCUCAGGGCAUGUAUUAACAUCACCUAGCCCUACUCUUCGACUUCAGGGAGCCCCAGAUGUCCCUGCCCCUGGGAAGCCUGCUUGGCUUCUACUUACCACCAGAGAGGAAGAUGAUGGCCGAAAUUUUUCCUGUGAGGCCUCUUUGGAGGUUCAGGGUCAGCAGUUGAUUAAAACCACUGUGAUCCAGCUCCAUGUCUUAUACAAGCCAAGGUUAGAGGAAUCUGAUUGCCCUGGCAACCAGACAUGGGUAGAAGGGAUGGAACAGAUGCUUGCCUGCAUCCCCAAGGGAAACCCAGUUCCAGCCAUGGUGUGUACCUGGAAUGGGGUCAUCAUCGACCUUGAAGUGCCACAGAAGGCAACCCAGAACCACACAGGAACCUACUGCUGCACAGCCACUAAUCAGCUGGGCUCCGUCAGCAAAGACAUUGCUGUUGUUGUUCAAGGUCUGGAGAAAGGAGUCAGCUCUACCAUCUUUGUCAUUAUUAUUGUAGCCCUUGGAGUGGGUGUAAUCACUGUAACACUAUAUUUGAACUAUCGGCCCUGCAAAGUAGAGAGGAGAAAAUUGCCCUAUAGGCAGACAGAGAUGAACAAAGAAGAGGAAAGCCAGUUUGCUUUCCAACAAGCAGAAAAGUGCAACUCACAUAAUUGUUGAAUAGAAACAGCUUUUGGUUGAAUGAGACUUCUAUUACUAGGGUUUAGGAAAGAGAUGGUUAUAGGAGAAAGGAAGAAACAAUAUGAGGCUACAUUACUUUUUAUGUUUUUCUGUCCCAUAAAAUAGUAUUCCAGGCCCCUAUGCUCCUUGUGUCCAAUACAUCCACAAGCUCAUCUUUCUCCUUUGAGUUCACUUUAGUGACAAGGAAUUUCAUUCUCAGUUUUUAACUAGUGAGAUGGCCUCUUGUUCCUUGCUAGGUGCUUAAUCAGUCCACUCUUAGAUUCAGAAAAGAAGAUCUGCCCUUUUAUCUUAAACAUCAGACUAAAGAGAGACACAUCUUAGAAAUGCAACUCAUUUCUUGUUCCCUCACGACUAACUGGGAACUAAUUUUUUUUGUUUGUUUGUUGGGAACUAAUUUUUUAAUCCAGGAAAAAGAUUUUGAAGGCUAUAUUCCCAUCUCCACAUUCCCUUGCUCCCCUAACCUGGGGUUCUGGAAUGUGCACUGCCAAAGUGGAGUUUGAUGAUAUCAUUGAAGGUUCCUUGAACUCACUAACCAUUUGUUGUGGGCCUUGGGGGUGUGUAAAAAUCAUAAGAAAUUCCACAUUGGGCUAGACAACCAGCUUAGUUGGCCCAAUGUUCUGUGUCUGAAGUGGAAAGUAGAAUGAAGUGGAAGGGAGAAUUCUUCCAUGAAAUUGGCAUCAUAGGUUAAGGGCUCCAAACAUCCCUGAAUUCCUUUUCAAAGUCAUUCUGGAGUAAUCAUCUGUGAGCUCACAUUUGACAGUUUCCUUUUUUUCCCCCCUGCAUAAAGUACAUAUUUUCAUCUGUCUGCAAACUAUUUCAAUUUUCAAGAGGAAUCCUCUUGUGACAGUAUUCACCAUAUGAUUUUAUGAUUCAGCUUCCUUCUCUGUUCUUUGGAAAGAGUGUAUGUUCACACCUGGUGAAGGCACAAGGAGCCAUAAAGCCAGAUUUUUUUUCUCUCAAAUUAGUCAUGAA